AUGCUUCAUUUAGCGGCUUUAAAAGGUCACAGAAAAUUGGUGAAACUCUUCAUCAGUAAAGGGGCAAAUAUCAGUGACAAAAACAACAAUGGUCGCACACCAUUACAUGCAGCUGUUGAAUCUGGCCAUGUUAGUGUAGUUCAUGAACUCAUUGAGAGUGGAGCUAGAGUAGAUGUUCAUGACAGUGAACAAUGCACUCCCAUGUAUCUUGCAACAUAUAGUGGAUAUAUUCUGAUAAUGAAAACUCUUCUUCAAGCAAAAGCUAAUAUUUACUACGAAAAUGAAAUUUAUAAAGAUAUGGGUGAUCAUCAUAAUGCAGCAUUGGGUGGGAAAUGUGGUGUCAUUAUUGGUCUGUUAGAGUCGACGUUUGAUGUAAACUGCAAAACUAAAAAAGGAGAUACAAUGCUUCAUUUAGCAGCUUUAAAAGGUCACAGAGAAUUAGUGCAACUCUUGAUCAGUAAAGGGGCAAAUGUCAAUGACAAAAACAAUAUUGGUUGGACAGCAUUACAUGUUCACUCUAACGAUGUUAGUGUAGUUCAGGAACUCAUUGAGAGUGGGGCUACAGCAGAUGCUCAUGACAAUCAACAAUGGACUCCUCUGCAUCUUGCAACAUCUUUGGGAUAUAUUCUGAUAAUGAAAACUCUUAUUCAAGCAAGUGCAGAUAUAUAUGACAUUGAUACUUAUGGCUAUAUGGGUGGUCGUGAUGCGGCAUUGGGUGGGAAAUGUGAUGCCAUCACAGUUCUGUUAGAGUCGGGGUUUGAUGUAAACUGCAAAACUAAAGAAGGAAGUACAAUGCUUCAUUUAGCGUCUGGGAAAGGUCACAGAGAAUUAGUGCAACUCUUGAUCAGCAAAGGGGUAAAUGUCAAUGACUGA